AUAGAGCUAAUAAAUUAAAUAUAAAAAUUUAGUAACAAUUUAUAGUCAAAUUAAAGUGAACUGGAAAGACUUGGUUCUAUGUUCCCAAAUCACAGCUUUUGUAUUUAUAUUUGGCUGCUCCUACUCAAAUCGUCCCAAAUUGUUUUUCUUUUCCCAUUUUAAUUUGCAUAAUAUGAAUAUUUUCUGUUCAAAUAUGAAAAGCUUUCUACUUCUCAUUUAUGUGGUGGCCAUUGUAUCAUUACAUAUAAUGGCCUUACCUUCACGGCAUGAAACCGAUAAACUAGCUUUGCUUGCGCUGAAAGAUCAGCUAACUUACGGUUCCCCUGAAAUCCUUUCUUCAUGGAAUGAUUCUGUUGAUUUCUGUGCCUGGCAAGGUGUUAAAUGUGGCCGUCGUCACCGGAGAGUCACUGUUUUGCAGUUAAACAAUAUGAAGCUAACCGGAUCCAUUUCUCCUUCAAUAGGUAAUUUGACAUUCCUCAGGGAGAUCACAUUAUCUGCGAACAGCCUGAAAGGUGGUAUACCACCUGAAUUCGGACAAUUGAAGCGGCUGCAGUUCCUCAACCUCACAGUAAAUCAUCUCCAGGGCCAUAUUCCUAUUGAGCUCACCAACUCUUCAACCCUCCAAGUUAUUUUUUUGAGUCGUAAUAACCUCAGUGGGGAAAUUCCAUACCAAUUUGGUUAUAUGUCUCAGCUUAUGGGACUCUCUUUGGGUGGCAACAAUUUUGUUGGCAGUAUUCCAUCUUCUUUGGGGAAUCUUUCAUCCUUAGAAUAUCUCUCGCUUGCUUACAAUAAUUUAUGGGGAAGUAUUCCUCAUGCUUUGGGAAGCGCAUCAAGCCUAAACACACUUUUUUUAGGUGUCAAUGGUCUGUCAGGUCUAAUUCCACUUUCUAUCUACAACCUUUCAUCCAUGGGAUGGUUGGAUGUCUCUUCAAAUCAUUUUUCAGGAAGUCUACCGCAUAAUAUAGACCUUAUUUUUCCAAAUCUUCAGUUGUUGGUUGUUGCAGACAAUCAGUUCACUGGAGUCAUUCCUGCUGCAGUAUCCAACAUCUCUAGCCUUUUUUUACUCGACAUGCUUGGCAACAAUUUCUCAGGAUCAGUCCCUGAGACGUUAGGAAAACUGAAGAACCUUCAGGAGUUACUGAUUGGUUACAACAGUCUUGGAAGUGCGAAAGCUGGUGAUUUUAAUUUUCUUUCUUCUUUAUCCAACUGCACCAAACUGGAGUUAUUGGCAAUACAUGGCAACAGGUUUGGUGGAGUGUUGCCAGAUGCAGUAGGCAACUUGUCUUCCCAGCUUAAAAUGCUUUUCAUGGGUCGGAAUCAUAUCUCAGGAAAUAUUCCAGAAGCCAUAGGGAAUCUUGUUGGAUUAACUCUUUUGGAUAUGGGAAUUAACUUUCUUACAGGCACCAUUCCAGUUUCAGUUGGGAAGCUUAGAAACAUUGGAAGAUUGUUUUUCCAUAGAAAUAACCUACAUGGUAAAGUUCCAUCCUUCUUUGGAAAUUUUUCACGAUUGUUUGAUCUUUAUUUACACGACAAUAAUUUUGAAGGAAGCAUUCCCAUAAGCCUCAAAAACUGCACGGAAAUGCAGAAUUUGUUUCUCCAUAAAAAUAACUUCAGUGGUAGUCUACCUAAUCAAAUGUUUGCGUCUUUGCAAAAUUUAAUAACUAUUUACAUUUUUUAUAACUUCUUGACCGGCCCCCUUCCAUCAGAUAUUGGUAGUUUAAGUAAUCUUGUAGUAUUAGAUGUUAGUGAAAACAAAUUGUCUGGUGAAAUUCCCAUGGACCUUGGGUCGUGUUCUGGAUUAAGAGAACUCUCUAUGGCAGGGAAUUUCUUUCAAGGAACCAUUCCUUUAUCUUUUCGCUUUUUGAAAUCUCUUGAAAGCUUAGAUCUUUCGCGAAACAAUUUGUCUGGCAGGAUCCCACACCAACUUGACGAUCUUUCAUACUUGAUGAAGCUCAAUCUCUCUUUUAACUUCCUUGAAGGCGAGGUUCCAUUGGGAGGGGUUUUUGGGAAUGUUACUGGAUUUUCAAUGAUGGGCAACAAUAUGAUUUGUGGGGGAGUUCCUAAAUUGAAUCUUCCAGCUUGCUUAAAUAAGAAACUGAAAAGAAAAGGAAACAUUCAAUCGGUGAAAGUCAUUGUUCCUAUAACCAUAAGCAUUUUGGUUGCUUCUACUCUGAUGAUGGUUCUUUUUAUACUUUGGCGGAAAAGAAACUCAAGAGAAAAAUCCCUCUUUGCAUCGUUAUUGGAUGCUGGUCACCUGAGGCUGUCUUACAAGGAGCUUCUUCAAGCUACUGGUGGUUUUGCAUCUUCCAGCUUGAUUGGUACAGGAAGUUUUGGCUCUGUGUAUAAAGGAUUUCUUCAUCCACUUGAAAAACUUGUUGCAGUAAAGGUGCUGAAACUUCAAAACCGCGGGGCUUCAAAGAGUUUCAAGGCUGAAUGCAAGACUUUAGGCAAAGUUCGACAUAGGAAUCUUCUCAAGAUCAUAACAUCUUGUUCAAGCUUGGACUACAACGGUAGAGAUUUUAAGGCUCUAGUAUUUGAGUUCAUGUCCAAUGGAAAUCUAGAUAGCUGGCUGCACCAGAAUGAAGAACAGGAAUCAAGAAAAUUGAACCUUAUGCAAAGGUUAGAUAUAGCAAUUGAUGUGGCCUAUGCAUUAGAUUACCUUCACUACCGUUGUGAACCUCCCAUUGUUCAUUGUGAUCUGAAGCCAAGCAAUGUUCUCCUUGAUGAUGAUAUGGUUGCUCAUGUUGGUGACUUUGGGCUGGCCAAACUACUUUCUCUGGCCACAGAUGACUUCAGUAGGGAUCAAACCAGUUCAUCGGUGAUUAAGGGAACCAUUGGUUAUGUUGCACCAGAAUAUGGCAUUGGUGGCACAGUGUCUCCAGAAGGGGACAUCUAUAGCUACGGGAUUCUUCUACUGGAGAUGAUUACUGCAAAGAGACCGACAGAUGAUGUCUUUCCUGAAGGCUUCAGCCUUCAUAAUACCUGUAAGAGGGCGUCGCCAGAAAAUGUUAGGGAUAUUGUGGAUUCAUAUUUGCUUCAACAAUCUGUUGAGGGCAGCGAUAGCAUAAGUAACCAGCAUGGCAUGAAUGGUCAAAUGUGGGAGUGUCUGGUAUCUUUUCUUAGAAUUGGAGUUUCAUGUUCUGCAGAAUUGCCUAGUGAGAGAAUGAACAUCAAAGAUGUCAUCAAAGAACUCUGUGCAGCAAAGAAUAUGUUGCUUCAGGCUGGGAAGAGGGGCAGAGUUAGAAACUAUAAGCAUUGAUGAUUAUGGUUAUAUAUUUUUGUAUUGCUAGUUGUUUUCCGUUCUCAUAUUUUAAAGAGUCAGCAGGAUUCUCAGCUUAUUGUUAGAAUACAAGAAAAUGUGCUUUUGCUAUGUCAGAAAUGUUGUUAUUGAAUUUUUGAGUUUAUAGAAUUAAUGAAAAACGAAAGCGAAGUGACUCAUUUACUA